UGUCUUCUGUUAUUCGGAAUCCGAAGAAAGCCAUAGAAAGAGAGAUUUUACAGUGAAAAAAAUCUACAGAGGAAGAGAGAUAGCGAAGGGGACAAUUUAUUAAUUUUUCCCUAUUUUUGUUUUCAUUACAACCUUAAUAUUUGGUAUUGUGUUCUGUAUCUUCCCAUAUAUUUUUUUCUCUUUGCUGGGCUUCGUUGCCUUUUUCCCUUCUUUCUCUCUCUUGCUCGAUUCAGUUUGAGAGAAACAAAACAAAGUAGCUGUUUCUUUUUUUUCAUUUAAACUAGAGGGGGUUUUUAUCACAAAGAUCCUUGUUUUGCUCCCAUUUUUCUUAGGGUUUCUUUUGAUUUCUCUAUUCAUCUCCUCCAGUCCCCCACCAGAUCUCCCUCUACUCAUCUGCCCAUUUGGCUGUUCAAUGAUUAGGGUUUUUUUCAAUUAGAAAGCAAAGCUUUGAGGUUUUAACAUGACAAAGUGACGUAUUCUCACCUCAUUCUUAGAGGCUUUAGGUAAAAUUAGGGUUUCUGUAAUUAUGAUCAAGCAGAUAUUUGGGAAACUCCCCAGGAAGCCAUCGAAGUCAUCGCAUAAUGACUCUAAUCCAAACGGAGAUGGUGGUGGUGGGGUAAAUUCAUAUUACAUCCCUAAUUCGGGUACUAGUAUCUCCAAAUCCAAUGGAGCUAAUGGCACUGUUGCUCCUCCUCCUUCCUCAACGAGUAACAGAACCAAUCAAGCCAAUGGGGUUUAUGAAGCUUUGCCUAGCUUUAGAGACGUUCCUAGCUUGGAGAAACCUAAUCUCUUUAUCAAGAAACUGAGUAUUUGCUGCGUUGUCUUCGACUUUAGUGAUCCCUCCAAGAAUCUGAGAGAGAAAGAGAUUAAGAGACAGACUUUGCUUGAGCUUGUUGAUUAUAUAGCAACGGUUUCCACAAAGUUGAGUGACGCUGCGAUGCAGGAGAUUGCUAAAGUGGCUGUUGUUAAUCUCUUCAGGACGACGUUUCCUUCUGCGAAUCACGAGAGCAAAAUACUUGAAACGCUUGAUGUCGAUGAUGAGGAGCCUGCGUUGGAGCCGGCUUGGCCUCAUCUUCAAGUUGUCUAUGAGCUUCUCCUUAGAUUCGUGGCUUCUCCCAUGACUGAUGCUAAGCUUGCAAAAAGAUAUAUCGACCAUUCGUUUGUCUUGAAGCUUUUGGAUUUGUUUGACUCUGAAGACCAAAGGGAGAGGGAGUAUCUAAAAACCAUUCUCCAUCGGAUAUACGGGAAGUUCAUGGUGCACAGACCUUUUAUCAGAAAGGCCAUCAACAAUAUCUUCUACAGGUUCAUAUUCGAAACCGAGAAACAUAAUGGCAUAGCAGAGUUGCUUGAGAUUCUUGGAAGUAUAAUUAAUGGUUUCGCAUUGCCGUUAAAAGAAGAGCAUAAGCUUUUCCUUGUCCGGGCCUUGAUUCCGCUUCACAGACCUAAAUGUGCAGCUGCUUAUCAUCAACAGCUUUCUUAUUGCAUUGUUCAGUUUGUAGAGAAAGACUUCAAGCUUGCUGAUACCGUCAUUAGAGGACUUUUAAAGUAUUGGCCUGUGACUAACAGUUCAAAGGAAGUUAUGUUUCUUGGGGAGUUGGAAGAAGUUUUGGAAGCAACUCAAGCAGCUGAGUUUCAGCGGUGUAUGGUUCCUUUAUUCCGUCAAAUCGCCCGAUGCCUUAACAGUUCUCAUUUUCAGGUGGCUGAAAGGGCUCUGUUUCUGUGGAACAACGAUCACGUAAGAAACCUGAUUACGCAAAACAUUAAAGUGAUAAUGCCAAUUGUGUUCCCGGCUAUGGAGAGAAACACACGAGGCCAUUGGCACCAAGCAGUUCAGAGUCUGACUUUAAAUGUGAGAAAGGUACUGGCAGAGACAGACCAAGUUCUGUUUGAUGAAUGCUUAGCCAAGUUCCAAGAAGAUGAAGCAAAUGAAACCAAGGUCGUAGCCAAACGAGAAGCAACAUGGAAGCUUUUGGAAGACUUGGCAGCUUCCAAAUCCGUAAGCAACGAGGCAGUGCUCGUCCCCAGAUUUUCAUCUUCGGUUACUCUCACAACCGGUAAAACUUCGGGUAGUUGAACACUUUCUGCUCUAUAUCAUCGAGACAAUAUUGUUAAACUGAUCCAGCAGAGUUGUAUCGAUCCAUUCGAGCAUCAGGAUCGGUUCUUGAAGGGAGAAGAUAAAGCACGAUGAUCAAGGAGGGGGUAAUAUCUCAGUGAAUACUUUAUUAUAACAUUAUUUCAGGUUUCUGGAUUCAUGGGGUUCAAUUGUUCUUUUUUUUCUUCUUUUUCUGAGCUUCUUUUCCUUACUCAGCUCUUAGAGGAGUUGAUAAAACAAUAUGUGGUGUAAGAAAUAUUGGCUUAUUAUAGAUAUAGUUCUUGAGAGGACAACUAAACAAUUAUUCGUAUUGUAUUGUGGAAUGAAUUGUGUUUAAUUAUGCUUUGAACCA